GUCAAAAACUUGUGGACGAAGCUAUGGCUUUAUCUCUGAAGUACAAUUUCGUUACUCCGCUGACAUCCUGGUUGUCGUUUUACCAGAAGAUGAUGAUAACAACCACAACGCCAGUAACUCCUACGGUAUACCCUCCUAUCCCACCCUGCUGGUUCAGGGGCGCUACCAUUCCUGACUACAUAACUGGGCCUCCGAUUUGGUGUCCAUACAUUAUCGAUGGAAAAGCUGAAACAAAUAGGCCUACAGCUACCAGAAGACUGUCAUCCGUAAGACCUGCCUAUGGAAGAAUAUCAGGGGCAGCGCCAGCUGCGCCGGCGCCAGCUGGGGCACGGCCAGCUGCGCCACAAAGUAGGCCAGCUCCGCCACAAAAGUCUAAGACAACAAGUGCACGAAAGCCUGUCAAGAACAAUGCACCAGCCUUCGGCGGUUUUGGAUUCUCUUCAUAUAUUAUGUCUGAUGUUGAUAUGUAUGGUUAUGCGCCUUCCGUACUCGUGCAAAAAGCGGAUAAUUGCAGUGGAACCCUGACGAAUGACAGUGCAUCCAUAUCAUUGCCGGAACGAAACCAUUCUCUUACUACUGUGCUUUGUGAGUGGGACAUCAAGUUGCCUAAAGGAUCAUGGAUUGAUUUAUACGUCGGGAGACUUGAGUCGUCACAUAAUGAAAUUUCAAUCGUAAGCAAAGGAGAGACGCUGGUAGCUCACUAUGGUGGUGUUACUGCAUCGAAAUAUUUUUAUAUUGCCCAUAAUGAAUUCUAUGUCGUCAUGAGAGUUGAUCCUGAUGAAACACUGCAGACUGGACUUGUUCUUAAAUACCAAAGAUUUGUACCCGACGAUAAACCAAUUGUAACUGAAAAGAAAACACAAUAUUAUGAGUCUGGGCCGACGAACUGUGGACAAACAAUCUCUUCAACCGAUGCCUCAUCUGGAUACAUAACGUCGCCAAACUAUCCUUCAUCAUAUUCGAGUAACUCACAUUGCAAAUGGAAAAUAGAAAACUUGGAUGCUUCUAAUAAAGAACUGAAAAUAACAUUUCUGGACAUGGAUAUAGAAACCAAUGGAAAUAAAGAAUGUUUACAUGACAGAGCUGUAAUCACAACGAAAGAUAGUUCCCAAAAUUUCUGCGGCAUGCAAACAAACGAAGCCUUUUCCAGUAGCGACGAUGUUGUGACGGUUGAAUUCAUCAGUGACGCAAACUUACAAUCUGGUGGAUUCAGAGCACAUUAUGAAUUUGUUCCAAAAGUGACAAACGUUUCGAUAGUAAGCAAAGGAGAGACGCUGGUAGCUCACUAUGGUGGUGUUACUGCAUCGAAAUAUUUUUAUAUUGCCCAUAAUGAAUUUUAUGUCGUCAUGAGAGUUGAUCCUGAUGAAACACUGCAGACUGGACUUGUUCUUAAAUACCAAAGAUUUGUACCCGACGAUAAACCAAUUGUAACUGAAAAGAAAACACAAUAUUAUGAGUCUGGGCCGACGAACUGUGGACAAACAAUCUCUUCAACCGAUGCCCCAUCUGGAUACAUAACGUCGCCAAACUAUCCUUCAUCAUAUUCGAGUAACUCACAUUGCAAAUGGAGAAUAGAAAACUUGGAUGCUUCUAAUAAAGAACUGAAAAUAACAUUUCUGGACAUGGAUAUAGAAACCAAUGGAAAUAAAGAAUGUUUACAUGACAGAGCUGUAAUCACAACGAAAGAUAGUUCCCAAAAUUUCUGCGGCAUGCAAACAAACGAAGCCUUUUCCAGUAGCGACGAUGUUGUGACGGUUGAAUUCAUCAGUGACGCAAACUUACAAUCUGGUGGAUUCAGAGCACAUUAUGAAUUUGUUCCAAAAGUGACAAACCACUAGAUUGUGAGAUUAUACGUCGAAAAGUGUAGCCCUGGAAACUAUAAAUGAAAAUAUAUAAACUUCAUCAAAAAUGAUUGUUUAUUCUAAUUUUUCUGAAAAUGACUUUUACGCUGUGUGAAUUGAAGGACAUUCCCAAAUCAAUAUCUUUUGAAACCUUAAAAUAAAUUUUCUAAGAAAGUAAUUUGAAAUAUUAUCUUCCUUUGAUAAAAAUGGCAACAUUGUACUACAUUGGUCAUUAGUGAAGUCCUGUCAAUAAAUACUAGAAUAUUAAAUAUAUACCUUCUUGUGGUAUACAUUCAACCAUAGCGAUCACCUGUGUCAAACCUAAUAACAUAAAAAAAAAUACAGAGUCCAGCAUCCAUUAAAAAUAGAUUGAAAACGAUAUUUCAAAAAAUAUAUGCUCUUUAAUAAAACUAAAUAUAUAUAUAUGUAUUUAUUUGAAUGUCCACUCAUGGGAUUCGGUGUUUACCGAGUCUAAUGACGGUGAACUUAACGAUCUUUGGAAAUUGGGAACAAUUGGUAAAUAUUGUAUUGAAUAUGUGCAACGUCAGUGUUUAAACAAUUUUCAGUCAAAUAUACUGGUGGACUCAACGUUGUUGAUAUUAAUAUUACAGAAUAUUUAACGUGAAAAUCCGUUAUUAUAUUAUGUACUUCGUGAGAUCAUUAUUGGCUUCACAAUUGCUCUAUACAUUCCUAUAUCUAACAUCCAAUCGGAUUUGAGGCAGAACAUUUUGUUAUAGUAUGGGAAAAGUGUUCGUUCAAAUAAAGUAUCAUACCGAGUCAA